AUGGCCACCAUCACUGCAGUCCAGUUACGCGAACUUUCGUUCACCAAAGAAACCCUGGGAAAAUUCAGCGGCGAUGUCUUCUUUAGUCAAAUGAUACACAAAGACGAGCAUAUCUCAAUCCUUGAUGUCAAGUUCUCGCCCUGUUCUCGGACAGACUGGCAUGGUCAUGAGAAAGGUCAGCUUCUUGAAAUAACCACCGGAUCUGGGUGGGUAUGUGAUAAAGGAAAAGAGCCCCGGAAACUAUCAGCUGGUGAUAUCAUUUGGUGCCCUCCUGGUAUAAUUCAUUGGCAUGGCUCUGCUGAUGACAGUUUGAUGAUUCAUCGCGCCAUUUCGUUUGGGGGCAUGGAUUGGUAUGAUCCAGUCUCGGAGGAUGACUUGAAGAACACUCAUUAA